UCUCAACAGCCAGCAUCUAACAAUAAUAAAAGACAGAUGCUUGCUCUUGGUAGUCUACUCGAAAAGCCACAACAUGAUAAAAAGGGACUUGAUCAGCUCCGUGCAACAAUAGCGGACGACCGGAACAAGUACAAGGAAGAAAUUGUACGACUGAGCAUACAGAUUGAAAUAGAGCAGAAACGCCAUGACGACGAGCUGGCUUCCACGAUACUCGAGGGUCUCAGAACCCUAAACCGUCACACACAACACGAUAUGCCGACCUUUGCGGGUACGAACAUUGCAAGCAACGCCGGGUACACAUGCAUCACCGAUGUCCUUAGUACUUCUCAGAGUUUGGUAAAGGAGUACAAGCGACUAGAUGGCAUGAUCUCGAAGCUCCGAGAAGACCAAGCGCAUCCUAUUGCAGAUACAUGCAAACGAGACAUUGAAGAAACAGAAAAUCAGCUCAAAUUGGGAGCAAGAGUGGCACUCAAGAAUGUGAGCAAGGUCUUGGGAGCUAAGGUAGCAAGCGGUGAUGCGAAAGGGCUAACUGAUGAAGAUGGAGACAUGAACAUGAACGUAGGUGGGAAGGUGCAGCUGACUUGUGAGUUACUGGAGAGUCUGAGGUAUGUGGAAAGGGGAGUCAAGCGCAUGAUCAAAGGGCUUUCGAUAGGCCAAGGCCGCUGA